AUGGUCGUUACGGAACCAGGAUUCGAAAAGGCGUCAUCUGAUAACCUUCCUAUGGUUGAUGCCGAAAUGGUGAACGAUUUUUUUGUGUCAAAUUCAAAUUUUUUUAGUGCAGAAGUUAAAAAUGUGAAAACAACAAGGGCACAAAAAACAUCAUACGGUGACAAUGCAGUAGGUUAUGUACAGGUUAAAAAAGAAAACCAUGUAUGUUUCGUAUUAGGAAGAAUAACCCCAGAGCAUAAGGUUCGAGACAAAGGAUAUUUUGUUGAAGCAGUAAUAGAUAUGAAGGAAGAUAAGGUGGUUAGCUGCGAAUGUAAAGAUUGUGCUGCUAGUGAAGGCGGAUGCAAACAUGGAAUUGCUUUUCUUUUGUGGCUGCACCGAAGAAGUGAAUAGCCUGUGCCGUUACUUCCAUAGCUUGCUACUGGCAAAAGUCAGCAUUAGCCAAAAUAGGUGAUGCAAAGAUGGAUUUGCAAUCCUUGAUCAACAAACCAAGGCCACCACUUAUCCCUCGAAAUGGACAGCAUUUAGAAGAUAUGCUUGUUCAGGCAAAAGCGAGUGCAACAGGACUUGAUGGAAAUAUUUUUCUUCACAUGGGCGUUACAGAAAAAACAACUAUGUCAAUGUUUCAGCUUAUUUUAUCAUAUAAAGAAAACGAACCGUCACCGUCACCUGAAGAUUUUAUUGAGUAUAUUCGUUCCAUUAUGACAGAGGAUUUAUGCAGAGAAGCUGAAAGAUCUACAGUAUCUCAAAGUAAAUCUACAGAAUGGUAUGAACU